AUGAGACAGAACGGGUACACUACACAAAGAGGAACAGCAGGGAACCAUAAAAAGAAGACGAAAUAUCAUAAAUCUAGCAAGAGUAGCUAUAUGACGACCCGAGAAUACAAAAUUCCUGAUUCCUCGUACCAAAACAUCAUCACUAAUUCUCCAAAUUCUACCAAUAGAGUAGGACCUACAGGAUAUAAAUAAAUCGAAAAGGAACCCUGUACACAAAGCUUCAAGAAUAGUCCCGAGCUCGAGCGAAAUCUCUCUAUGAUCAACAACAUCUCAUAAAUACGGUGCUAAUUUCAAUCUGAGCUCACGGUUUGGGAAGAAGCCUCGUCCUCACAAUAACUUGCUUGGAGCAGGCAUGAACUCUAAGUGCAUACAAUCCCAGAAGGAGUUAUCACAGAGACAGAAUUUAAACAAGAAUUCAAAAUUAUCGACCACUUAUCGCUAUAAUGUUGAUGACAAAGCCCUCUUAGACCUGAAACACAAGUGCUCUUCUCAGAAAAUAUUAGACAAAAAGCCAAGGCCAAAUACAGGUAGGGAGUCCAAGGAAAUAUCCCCUCUGCGAGAGAUCAAUAUGUCAACCACUGCUCCCAAGAAUGCUGAUUACCUGCAACAUAAGUUAGGAUAUACCAAGCCUUACAAGAAGAUCCAGUCGAGCAAGAAUACCAUUGAACACAAACAUAAAAUCCAUAAGAAUAGCUCAAGAAAUAGCAAGAAUAACAGUGAAAAAUAGGACUGUUAGCAAGAGGAAAGCAUCUGUCUCUAACCCACGCAAGAAAUUGAUUGUGAAGCAGUCAAGUUAUCGAAAAUUAGGAAAUGAAAAGCCUAGCGGAAGAAUGGUACAUACUGCUAGGAUAAACCUCACACAGAAUUCUAAGAAUACAUCCAGUUUUAUUGAGUCUGCUAGAGCUCCUAUUACCAAUCUGAAGAAAUACUCUUGUAUUGCUGCUAAAGAAGUAACAACAGGCUGCCAGUCGAGCAGGAACAAGAUUAAUAUGAGUAAAAGUGAUAAAUGAAAGAGGUCUUCUAAAGACACAAAGCAUAAUCACAAAAGAGAUUCUUCUAAAAGAAAGAGGAGCAAGAGAAGAGAAAUCCUAGAAUACCUCGAAGACUGAUUCCAAAAUGAUGACCAUGAGAUCUCUAGUGAGAAGACUUAUAAUGAACGACUAGCAAUCCUUCAAGAGUUUCUUGGAUACCUAGAGGAGAAGGACAUUAUUAACAAAUAAAGUACUCAAUAAUGCUGGUGAAGUUGAGAAAUUGAUCAAAGGUUUGAUGAAAAUAGACCUAUCCAAGAUAUGUGCGAAUCAAAACAAAGACCAAGCACAAAGUAAAAAUUACCAUAAAGAAAAUAAUUACUCACAGGAGAGAGAACCAGAGAAGAGAAUCAAUAACUAUUUCAGAGAAAGAGAAAAGCAUUCGGUGAUUUCACCAUCCCAUAAUAAAGAAAAUAUGAACAGUGAUAAUUCUCUUGUCAAGGCAAAGAAGUCUUCUAAAGCUGGAAACCACACUCGGAGGUUAAGCCAGCACUCUCAGGUUGAAGAGCAGCCAAGCAAGAACUCUUAUUAUUUCUCAAGCCAUAAUAGGAACUAUUCUACUGGAAGUAUUCUGCAGCUCAAAGAAAUUGAUGGUAAUCAAAUAAUCAACCAAAAAGUUGGGCAUGAAGGAGGGAAUAAUACCCAUCGAGCUAAGGAUUAUCGUCCUUCAAGUGUGAUUUAUCAGAGCGAGUAUUCGCUUCAUAAUACACAAAAGAAUGAGAUUCCAAAGCCGGUUAUAUCUGUCUCUAACAAGAUGAACAACACAAAUAUGAUGCCAACACCUGUGUUUAGCAUAAAGGAAGAGCAAAAGUACGAACCAGCUAUCUACUGUUCUUCAGAUUCCUCAUCUACAGUCACAAUGGUUUACAACAGAGGCACAGCUUCAUCCUCAGGUUCAGCAGAUAGAAACUCUAGGAGACUUUCUGAGAAUAAUACUAAGAGUAAAGAUAGCCUCAGAAACCAAAAAUUCAACAGUAUCAAAGAGGUUGAUGAAAGUUCAUCAGAUUAUGAGGCUGGGGAAAAGACCAUUCAAGCCACAUUUAAUAAAUAUAACCUCAACGAUAAUCAGAGCGUUAGAAGAGUUCAGGCUAGGGAUAACUUACUCCAAGAUGAACAACCCCAAGAUGAUCUCUACAACGAAGAGGAUAUGAAAACUAAGAAGAACUACGAUGAAUUCUACCCUGAAUAUGAGAAUAUUCAAAAUCUUCAUGACUCUUUGGAGAACUAUGAAGCCCAGUCUUCAGUAGAACAGAGAGGGAAUCUUUCUAGACGUCCUAGAGUUUCUUCUACAGAUCAAGAGCAGCCUACUAUAAUCAGGAAUAAGUCACAACCUGAGAUAAUUCCUGAAUAUGACAUUACAAGGAGAGUACCUUAUGAUAAGAUUCAUUCUAGCAAAAACAAGAAGAUUUCUGAUUUCAAUUAUGGAAAAUAUUCUGACAAGUACUCUCUCACAAAGAAUUGCAAGUAUUUUGGCCAAAUCCAAAGGAACAAGCCUCUAGCACAAGAAGUUAAUGCCAAAGCAGAGCAGCAGGAUUCUUUGGAGGAGAAGUUUGCUGAUAUCAAGAAACGCAAUCACAGAAGAGUGGCAUCAGCUAACUACAACUGUGCUAAGAUUUUGGCUAAAAAGAUCACAACCAAGGACUCUCAGAAGCAAUCUCCUUAUAAAGAGGAGAGUAAGAAUGAAAGCAAGAGUAAUGAGAAAUACAUGUACAGAAAUUAUAUCUCAAACCGAAAUCCAGUGAAUUUGAAAUCAUUUAAAAAGCAGCAGAAAAGACAAAGCAAGAAGAGAACUUCUUGUCAUAACACCAAGGAGACUCAAUCAACCGUUUCUAAGUUGAGCCUGACCUUGAGUGAUUCUAUCAUGGAAGAUAGAGAGAAGUUGGUUAAGUUUAUCAAACUCUACAGUAAGAAGCAUAAAAAGAUCCCUCCAACAUCUCUAGACUUCUACAAAAUAGUCAAACUUAUUGGAAAAGGAGCUUUUGGGAAGGUUACUCUGGGCAUCCAUAAGCUCACUGGGAAACAAGUUGCCAUAAAGACAAUUGAGAAGGAAUACAUGAAGGAUGAGUUCUCUCGAAGGAAAGUUUUCCAAGAGGUUUACAUCCUCAAGAAGACCCGACAUUCUAACGUCAUCAGGCUUUUUGAAGUCUUUGAAUCGACAAACCACUUCUUGAUAGUCAUGGAAUAUGCUGGUAGAGGAGAUCUACUUCAGCAUGUCAAGAAUAAGGGAAGGUUAAGAGAAAAGGAGGCAAGGCAUUUCUUCAAAAAUAUCUUAUACGGAUUAGGCCAUUGCCAUUGUAGAUCCGUUCUCCAUAGAGAUGUUAAGCUAGAUAACAUUCUGAUUGAUGAGAAGAAAGGAGUGAAGAUCUGUGAUUUUGGAGUAUCGAAAAUUAUCAAAAAGAAUCAGAAAAUUAAUGAGCAAUGAGGUACCCCAGCUUAUAUCGCACCAGAAAUAAUCGCUGAUAAGGGGUAUUAUGGUUUUUAUGUUGAUAUCUGGAGCCUCGGAAUACUUCUCUACGCUAUGGUUUGAGGUGCAGUUCCAUUCAAAGCUGGAAAUAUGCAAGAGCUCUAUGAGAAUAUUAUCAAUGAAGGAUUCUCCUUCCCUGUCUGAUUAUCUAAACCAGUAAAAGAUCUCAUCCGUAAGAUGUUAAAUAAGGUCCCUGAAAAACGAAUUUUAAUCCCAGACAUCUUAACUCACGAAUGGGUGACUUCUAGCGAAGAUUUUGAAAUUGAUUAUGACGAAGAAACAGAAAAUACUGAAAGCGAUCUUGAAAGCUCUGCCUUGCUUUCCAAUUGUAGUGACAAGAGAAGAGUUGAAGACACUGACGGAAGGCUAGAUAACUUAGAAACAGAAGGCACUGGUCCAACACACGAAAAUAUAAACUAUGUCAAUGUUGACAACUUAUUCUACAGCAAAAACUAUGAAAAUAAACUUGGCUAUGACGAUUACAAGUCAUUAACUGAGGACUUUGCCACAAUGAAUAUUGAAGAGAAUGCUCUUGAAGUUAUUGAAGGAUUUGGCUAUCCCAGAAGCCUAGUGAAGAAAUCUAUCAAUAAGGGCGAAAUGAAUCAUGCAACAACAUGUUACGAUCUUCUUGUCAAGUACUAA